GUGUUGUUAACUGCUAAUGUGUAAACAAUAUUUUGGUCGUGAAAUAAAAUCAGAAUUUAAGUUUUAACAGUUAUUGUUUAAUGUAAAGUAAAGUAUUUGAUGUUAUAUGUUAGUAUAUAUUAAAGCCGUGGAAAUAAAGCUCCAAUAUAUUAAAAACUAGCAUAAUAAAGUUAUGGUUAUUAUGGAUACUGCUGAGGGUGUUGGUAGCCUAGAAGAUCAAGCACUAAAAAGGAAGGAACGUUUAAAAAACCUUAAACGUAAAAAUACGACCAGUGAAAACACUCCUAGUGACACACCGAGUCAAAUCGUACCACUGCCCAAGCCUAAGUUCAGAAGUUACAAGCCCCAGGAUGAGACCCUUCAAGAAGCUAAAAUAGAAGAUGCUGUCCCAGCCGCUGUUGAAGCUGAAGUCAAAGAUUUAUUAGAGGCUGGCAAAGAAAAGAUAGUGUUACAAGAUCUGGACAUAUCAAGUUUAGCUCCACGGAAACCAGACUGGGAUCUCAAGAGAGAUGUCGCCAAGAAAUUAGAAAAGUUAGAAAGGAGAACACAAAAAGCAAUAGCCGAAUUAAUAUGGGAGAGAUUGAAACAAGGUAAUGAAGAUAAUCUAGGAGCAAUCGUAACAAUGACACAGAGCAAACUGGUUGAGGAGGACUAAAGGCCGAUGGUAUUCAAAUGUAAUUUAUUCAUAAGUUCUAUGUAAGUAAAGCAUUUUUUUAGGAGAA